CCAAAAACCACCUGCCACCCUGAAUUUGUGCACUCUGAUGCCUCUUUCUUGGCGCCUGGGGCGGGCAGCCCCAGCGGCGCGAUCUGCCGUUGGCCGCGUGCUCCUGCGGAGCUUCAGUCAGCCACCGCAGCCACCUAAGUCGCCAUACUUGCAUCAGCGGGCUCCGCCUGCUCCGCCUCCGCCGCCGUCGUGGGCGGCGAACCCGCCCGCGCCGGAACGCAGGCCACCACCUGUGCCGCCGCCAACGGAAGCAGCGGCACUUCCGCCGCCACGGCCAUCAGGAAACCCAGGUGCGUCACCGCCAACACCGCCCACGCCGCCGAAGCCGACUCCAAAGCCCGCGUCUUCUGCGUCAAAGCCGUCGGAGACUUCCGCGGGGCCACAGAAGUUUGGUCCGCUGGAUGUGAACUUGAAGCCCACGGAUCAGCUCCGCCCGCUGUUGCCCACCUGGAAUCCUCCGCCCACCCGACGACCCACACCGGAAGAGCUAGAAGUCGGCUUCCGCGUGCGCUUCCUCUUCGAGGAACGCUGGUGGGCCGCCACCAUCCGUGAGGCCUGGGACAGCGAGCUCCGCGUGGGAUUCGAUGGCUGGCCGAGUCGGCACG